AUGGCCGAGUUUGAGGCUGCCAGCCCCGAUUUCGGCUUCCCCGCGGACGAGCAGCUUGAGGUCUACGUCUCGGCCGCGGAAAAUCCCAACCACUUCUGGAUCCAGCUGGUGGGCGGGCGCAGCCUGCAGCUGGACAAGCUGACCAGCGACAUGUCGCAGUUCUACGAGGGCAGCGGCCGCGCGGUGACCCCGUGUCCGGCGGCGGUGACAACGUGGUGGCGGCGACCGGCUCCCCGUGACGCCGCGGCACCGGGAGGCGCCGGGACGCGCCUCGCUCGCCCCGGCUCGUCCUCAUCUCCCGGUGUCUCCCGCGCAGAUUUGGGGAGCCGGGGAGACGUCGUCUUCGUGAAGAAGGCCCUGGGCCGCAACAAGCUCCUGCCUCAAGGGUUGGCUGUUUACGCAUCGCCCGAGAACAAGAAGAUGUUUGAGGAGGAGAAGAAGCUGCGCCAGGAGGGGAAGCUGGCGGCAAUCCAAACGCAGAGCGGCGAAAAGACCGUCCGCUUCCUCCGGAGCUGCCGCCUGGAGGUCGGCAUGAAGAACAACGUCAAGUGGGAGCUGAACCCCGAGAUCGUGGCCCGGCACUUCUUCAAAAACAGAAUCCUGGGGGUGUAUGUACCCCCACAUGCUGGGU